CAAAUGCAAUGUCUGCAAUGGCGACGUCUAGGCUGGUUUUUGUGAUAUUUUUGAUACUCCAGCUUAUAUCCGAUGUAGAAUCUAAUUGUCUACAUGGAAAAAUGUACAUUUGUGAUGGAUACAAGUCGAUGUUUAAAGACAUGAUAGUUUUAACAAAGGAUUCCUCAAUUUGUAGCCAAAACUGCUAUACAUCAAAAUCCUGCACUGACACGUGGUCCAGCUGGUCAAGAAUGGAUGUAAGAACAAAUGAUUUUAAUAUCUUAGAGAGAAGAUAUAGAACUUGCCAUAGUAAGACGACCGUUGAACUAAGAUCUCCAAGGAGAAUACCAAUCAGACAAAGAAUUAAGAGAGGGAUACGAAAGAAACUACAACAACAAAAAGGCGUUCCAAUAAAAACUGCAAUUAUGAUUAAUCAGAAUUUAAAGAAGCUUGAAGACAAGUUUAUCUUAGCGAUCGGAGAAAAGAUAACGUUGUCUUGUGACACUCCUGAACUGGAGGCGAUGAACAAGACAUUUCCAAAUUCAAAACAUCAAUGGAUUUUCAAUAAUGUUGAUCUUGAAAUUGAUAAGAAACGAAUGAAACUUGAAGGACUCAUGUUCGAAAUAACAAAUUUUAAUGCCAGUGACCAAGGACUAUACGCCUGUCGAGUACAUUAUGCACCUAAACGGAGAAAGACAAUUUAUUUUGCAACAGUAGUAUCUGAGAAGGUUGGUAUACCAGUUCAGAUUAUGGAGACAAAAACUUUAAAACUCCAUUGCCCAAGUUCCCCAAUUGGUCGACUAUUUGAAAAAUCUUUCCGCACUUGGUCGUUGAACGGAAAAAUGGUAAAUGGGUAUACAAAUAUUCCAGCAAAGAGUAGAGCAUUUGAAAGAUUUCACAAUGCCUCUGCUCUCAAACAUGAAGGAUCUUGGGUAUGUCAGGUGACAGAUCCGGCUACUGACAGACAGUGGGAUCUUAUUCGGUACGACGUAAGUGUUACAGCUCUUCCCCUACAUGAAAGCGAAGUACAUAAGUUUGUAAUGACUCAUCCAAUAUUAAUAGCAACUCAGUCUCUAAGCGCUCUACUGUUUUUGGUGGCCAUGUACAUUUAUUUUGUUCAUGAGCCUAAGCAACCCGAAAAGCCUGACACAGAUGAAGAGCAAGAUGAAACCUCUAGUGAAACAGGAUCAACUGACGAAAAGGAUGGGAAUGACAAUGCGGAAGAAAUGUAUGGGAAUAAAAGAGAUUUUUUCGAAGAGGAAGACGAAGAGAUGAAUUUUGAUGAACAGAACUUCAACCAUAAUUACGUGGACGAAAAUAUUGGAAAUGGGACAGCCUUUCGUAGAUAUGGAGAUAGCAUUUCUGUUUACGAAGAGGAUGAAAAAGAGAUGAAUUUCGGUGAACAGAACUUUGACAAUUAUUAUAUGGACGAAGAGUUUGGGGAUUGUAUACCCUUCCACGAUGGUAACAAUGCAAUCUGCAUCGAAGAAAUGUGGAAUGGAGAAAGCGAAGAUUCCGAAUUAGAUUUUCUCGAAUCAGCAGAAAUAUAUUCCGGUAGACGAGCCGCUCCGGAAAAGAAAUUCUUUUAACUGGUGCGUGCUUCAAGUAAAGUCAUAGGUGUGCAGAUUUUUCAAUACGCAAGUUGCCACACAAUGUUUAUUCAGUUCAGUAAUCAAGCUCAAGGUCGUAACUGAGAAGACCAACAUAAUCAAAAACAUUGCUCUGCGUUGAGAUAUACACCAAAACCAUGGAAUCUGAUUAAUGAUUGAAGAAAUUAUGCUGUGCUUGCUCCAAGUAUAAAAGCUCAUUAGUGGCUGUCCGCUUUAGUUCUAGUUUUAGAGCCUGACUUAUUGUAAAGACUUUUGACAAUUCUAGAAAACCGUUUUGGUGACUUCUGAUUGUAAUUUAUAGGUUUGCUGUCUAGUUGGCGUUUACUUUACAUCUCCGUUGGUUCAUAAUUCAUUUUUUAACAGUUAACAAAUAUGGACACAGAUCAGUGCGGGUCAUGUAUAAUUGGCUGGAACAAUUAAGAUGGCUUGUUUUUUUUUCCAGUGAGUUUAUUCAUGGCGUUCCCCUUCCAGAUGAUUUCUUAGCCUUUUCUAUGUUUUUAAAUUGGGUGCUAUGUAGUCUUCGUUCCUUUAUGACAUCCAUAUGGGAUUUCCAGCUUGUGACAGAAGCUCAAAAAAGAUACUGGUACUUCAAUAUUUUAUUAUCAAGUUUGGAAGAAGAAUCUGUAAAAAUGUGAAUACUUUUUCGUGUAUUUUCAAAAAUAAGAACCAUACUAAAGUGUCAUACUUUAUAAAGUACAUUUUAUACUUUCAAAUUUGAAGAUUCCAUCUUCGUUUGGUUCUAAUUGGCUGGGAAUUUGUUGUAAAAGAUUGAAAUAUGAAAAGUUUACCAAAGAUAUACUCAAAAUGAAAACAACAUGACCCAUAACGAUAGAUCAGCUAAUAAAUGUUGAAACUGAGAUAUAACUUUAAUUCCUAUUUAGAAGCGUAUGUCUAGAUUCACAAG